UUUUUUUCAUUCAUUUUCCAUAAUCACGAAGACUGUUUCCCUUUGCCCGGGGCUGCUGCUGUGUUGCAUUUUAAACCAACUGAAAUAUUCGUAAUAAGAACUCUGUUAAACUAAUAUCAAACUUACCUAAACAAUGGUGCGAAAAUUAAAAUUCCAUGAGCAAAAGUUGCUCAAAAAGGUGGACUUCUUCAACUGGAAGGAAACGAACAGCUUGCAGGAAUCCAAGGUGAUGCGCAAGUACCAUCUGCAGAAGCGUGAGGAUUACACCGCUUACAACGCGGUGUCCCGAAGCGUUCGUGAGCUAGCAAAAAAGAUUGCUGACGUCGAUGCGAAGCAUCCGUUCCGGACGGAAAUGAGUGCGUUGCUGCUGGAGAAGCUGUACGUAAUGGGUGUGAUACCGACCAAGUGGGAUCUGGAAAAUGCAAACAACAUUAGCGCAUCAUCGUUCUGCCGCCGCCGUCUUCCACUCGUGCUGGUGCGGAACAAAAUGUCGGAAAACGUGUCGCAUGCAACAAAAAUGAUCGAACAUGGGCAUGUGCGGGUUGGUGUAGAGGUGGUAAAGGAUCCGGCCUUUCUGGUGCCGCGCACACUGGAAGAUUUCGUCACAUGGGUGGACGGUUCCGCCAUUCAGAAACAUCUGAUGGAAUAUAACGAUAUGAGAGAUGAUUUUGAGUUGUAAAUAUAGAUCGAACUGUUUUUGUAAGUAGCCAA